CUCGCGUCAUUGCAGGAUAAGGCGUGGCUUAUGAUCUAAUUUGCAAUUUUUACUCACUGAACACUUGCCACUUGGUAUUUCUAAACAAGAAUGUUGGAGGCAGUGUUUCUCCUCUCUCUCUUGUCCCUUGUCCGUUGCUGUCCUUAUGUUGUGGAGCCCUCCUCUCUCAACGUCAGUCAAGGGACGCCUGCUCAAUUCAGUGUAGUCGUUUGUGGUAGCUCAGCAAAUGUUGUUUGGGCUGUCAACAAUGUCGUGUAUCCUAGUAGCUACAACUUUAAUGGAAUAUCAGUAGUACAAGAAGCACUGAGUGGGGACAGAACUCGUUCUAACCUCACGCUUGCCACUAGCUCUACAGAGCUUGAUAACACUCCCAUUACAUCAACAGUAUACGCACCACAGGCUGUUCCCUCUGAUACUGUUAUCCUAAGAAUUCAAGGUUUGUUAGGCCCAGUUAUUGAUCUCGAUUAUGAUGUUAUCCAUCAGAGACUGUCAUGGACGCCUCCAUUCACAUUGUCAGGUGUGCCAAUAUCACACUACAUGAUCACCAUCAACAAUAACAACCUCCCUCUGUUUACAACCAAUUCAAGUUUAACAACACUCGACUUAAAUGGGACUCCCUGUCAGUACUAUAAUGCAAUUAUUGUAGCAGUUAAUGCUGUAGGAGAAGGACAGUCAGUAUCAUUGAAUUACACACAUGUUGGAGUUCCAGAUGUUUAUUAUAUAAAUGAUACAGGAACCAUAAACAAUGAGAGCUUUGCCAUUGAAGUGUCAUAUGAAAUUAGGUAUAAUUGUACCGAGCAAAUACCAGACAGAGUCCACGCAGUGACGAGGAAUAUGUAUAGCAACAGUGUUAUGACUCAUUCUAAUCAGACUCUGAAUCACAAUGGAAUGUUGACAGGGAGUGUUCUCAGUGAUUCAUACAGCGUUGAUGAGCUAUUGAGUGAUGGUGGUUAUGUUGGACAGCUUGUUUUUGAGACAGAACAAGGUCUGACAGUCAAAACAAGGGAAUUUAACCUCUGGACUUUUGAUCUGAACAGUGUGACAAUAACUCCAAAUGAGUCUGGGGUCUGUGUAAAUGUGUCAUAUACCAGUGGAUCAGAAGCACUUGGAUUUGUAAUAAAGACAUCAACAAGGCAGUGGAAUGUCACUAGAAAUCAUACUAAUACAACCUGUGUGACGUUAGCUGAUGGGGUGCAUCAAGUGAGAGUUUUUGACUGGAACACUGAUGGAUCUAUUCCUGAGAAAUGGAGGAAAGAAGCGGCUGUUACCAUUGCUCUACCACACACAUCACAAUCACACUCAUCUACAUAUCCAGCUACACCACACAUUAGUAGCUCUAGCACUAUAACCACAUCAAUAGUAUCCACUGCUUCUACCAAAUAUGUAUCUUCUAGUUCACUUUAUCCAACAGUGUCCAGUACAGUUGGCACUACAAAUAAUACCAGGCCGGCAGCAAGAAAUAACACUGGAGUCAUUGCAGGUGUCACUGUGGUUGUUUUGCUACUGAUUGCAAUUGCUUUGAUUGUUGUUAUUAUAGUCCUCACAGUGACAUGGAAACGUAGAAAGGGCAGGAAAUAUAAUGCUUCUUGGCGUCCAUCAUCAUGGACUGACUACAAUGAACCAAGCGACUAUCCAACAACAAGCACCACAGAACAACCAUGGACUGGAGUAAGAUUGACAGAGGUACCUGCAACAGAUACUGGAGCGGAUACACAGGCAACAGAUUCCACUGCAUUAUCAGAGAAAACUACAGGUAGUUACCUCACUGAUUGUACAGUGACAGAACAAGACCCUCCGCCCUAUUCAUCUCACUAUGUAGUACCUCAUGGAAGUCAAUCACAUUUUCCGACACAAAGAGAAACCACAUCUAAUGAGACACAACCAAGUGGUAAAGAAUCUCAUUAUGCUGAUAUUCAAGUUGGCGGUAAACAAGCAGCUGGUAGAAAACCUCACAAUAAAUUACAAGAGAGAGUGGUGUACAGUAAGAUAAAGGCUCCACCUUAUGCCCUUCCCCCCAAAUCAAAAGGAGCCCAGCCAAGGAACCUAAACAUUGCCGUUCCAUUCUCCAGACAUUCAUCGGGAUUACCUCGUCAAGAUCAAGGAUACUCAAGUUCCAACCAACAGUCAUCAAGUGACGCUCCUCAUGAUUAUGGGGCUGGUGCCGUUACGUAUCUCAGUGCUUCUCAGCAGGCACAGAAUAACAAUGACGACUCUUUCUCGCUAGUUGCCUCUAAUCCGGCUCACAUAGAUCAAUUGCAGCUCCCAGCAGUCAGUAGUACUAAUAGCCACUCUAACUAUUCUAAAAAUACCAGCAGUACGACUACCGUCUGUUAAUUUAAUAUAUGUAUACAUAAUUAUAUUUUUAAUUUAAUUAUUAUAUCAUUCAUUAUCAUUUUGAACACUUACUUUGACAUCAUGUAUUAUUAUAAUUUUAAUCUCUGUAAUACCAUAAUUAUUUAAACAUAUCAAUUAGAUGUGUCAUGUGACACCACUAUCAAAUAA